ACUAUCUUAUAUGAGCCAAACUAUAUGCUUUUCAGCGGUCACGCGCUCAAUUUGUGAGCCUCUAAACUUCUAAACCGAGCUAUGAUUGGCUACUAGUUUCAUCGCCCAAUAGAAAUUGGUGUAAGAACCGAAGAAAAUUUGUCAACAACUUCAUUUUAGCCGGUGGAACACCCAUUCAUUCUAUGUCUUAGACAGAAUAUCGCAUUGAUUUCUUUCCCUUUUGGUCAAUUCCACAGGUAUUAUCAUGGAUAAAGAAUACGAUUAUGUUAUCCUCGGUACUGGACUGAAAGAAUGUAUUCUGAGCGGCGUUUUGUCGGUUGGCGGCAAAAAAGUUCUCCACAUGGAUCGGAACGAUUUCUAUGGAGGUGAGAGCACUUCGAUGCACCCGCUUGAAAAGCUCUACGAAAAAUUCAACGAAACUAAAGAACCGGACGACUCGUUUGGUAAUGGCCGUGACUGGAACAUUGAUUUAGUUCCCAAGUUUUUGAUGGCGGAUGGAGCGCUUGUCAAGUUGCUAGUCCAUACUGGUGUAACACGGUACAUGCAGUUCAAACAGAUCGAGGGAAGCUUUGUCUAUCGCGGAGGCUCCAUAUACAAAGUUCCUGCCGACGAAAAGGAAGCCUUGACGUCUAGUCUGAUGGGAAUUUUUGAGAAGCGACGUUUUCGAGCAUUCCUAUUGUUUGUGCUCAAGUACAGCUGCGACGAUCCAACGACAUGGGAGGACAUCAACCCGAAGACAUCCACUAUGAAAGAUGUGUACACGAAGUUCGGCCUUGAUAAGAACACGCAGGAUUUCACAGGACACGCCAUCGCUUUGUACUUGGAUGAUGAGUAUAUGACACAGCCUUGCGAGAAGCCUUUACGACGUAUAAAACUCUAUUAUGAUUCCUUAUCUCGCUACGGUAAAUGCCCCUAUUUGUAUCCUCUGUAUGGCCUCGGUGAGUUGCCUCAGGGAUUUGCCAGAUUGUCAGCCGUGUACGGAGGGAUCUACAUGCUGAACAAACCCACAGAUGAAAUCCUCAUGGAAAACGGUGCAGUUUGUGGAGUGAAAUCGGAAGGAGAGAUUGCCAAAACAAAGGCUGUCAUCGCUGACCCGUCGUAUUUUCCCGAGAGGGUGAAAAAAAUUGGUCAAGUCGUUCGAUGUAUAUGCAUUCUUUCCCACCCGAUUCCAAAUACUAGUGACUCCAAAUCCUGCCAGCUGAUUAUCCCUCAAAAUCAAGUCAACCGAAAGUCGGAUAUCUACGUGUGUUGCAUGUCGCACACCAAUGCUGUCACCGUCAAAGGCAGAUACCUGGCUAUUGUCAGCACUACAGUGGAGACAGAUGAUCCUGAGGCAGAGCUGGGACCUGGGUUGCAGCUGCUUGGCAAGAUUGACAAAAAGUUUGUGUGGGUCAGUGAGCAGUUUGAACCACAGGAUGAUGGCAAAGAGAGCAAUAUAUUCAUUUCCAAGUCGUAUGACGCCACCACACAUUUUGAGACAGUCUGUGAGGACAUCAUGAGCAUGUAUGAGAGGAUCACAGGAGAAAAGUUUGACCUAAGUGCAAUAUCUCUUGCAGAGGUAGAUGUUGAAGAAUCGUAACAUAAAAUACAAAUAAUUAUUGAUAAUUGUAGCUUAUAAAUGAUUAAAUGUAACAAUUGUAAGUACUGGGAUUAUUUGCAGUAAGCAUGUUUAUAAACCCAUGCACACAGACAACACUUACUUAGAAUUCAAAAGUGAUUGCCCAAAUUUAAGUAAUGAACAUUUGUAAAGCACUGUUUCCCAAUUAUUUUGUUGAUUCACUGCUGAAGUUGGAAAGAAUUACAGCUUGGUAUGUUGAGGGUUAGUCAACCAUUUAAAAAUAGUCUUAUAUAAAAAUGCUUCUUUGUGAUCUUUACAUUUUAUUAUUUAAUAAUAUUAGUACUAACGAAUGUCAAUGCCAGGCAAAGCAGUGAUUAACCAUUGUUGUAACUAGUCUAAAUGCUAAUUAAAUAGAGCAGUCUUCAAUUGAGUGUCAAAAGUAAUCAGAUAAUUACUUUCAUUGGUUUUGGUUUUACUAGAGUUUGAGAUUCACUGUGUAGUCAACUGGUAAGUAACUGGUGUGGUUUUACUUUUAUGACACUUAAUUGAAAACCACUCAUGUUAAGUUGAGUUGGUUGCAGGAGUAGUUCAAAUGACUCAACAUCACAAUUCAGAUAAAGUUCUCCAAGCUGUAUUGAACACAACAGGGAUACAAGUGCACAACACGAACAACUAACUCCAGUGUAACCUAGCCUCCAAAGCAUGUGGACUUAACAAAUAAUUUAUGCUAGGUCACAAGACCUAUCGUUUCAAUACACAAUGAAUUGUGCAGCAUUUCUUCCAUGUUAAGCUAAGCAGCAGUAGGCCCUUUGCCUGACUGCAUCACCUGACCGUGUCAAUCAUAAAAAAUGGUUGUAAUGCGAAAUAUAUGCACCAGAAAUGGAAAGAACAUGAUGAAAUUAGUAAGAUUUCCAAUUUUGAGGUUACUGACAGGCAAGAUUUUAGAACAGUUUUAGUUUGACAAUUUUAAACAAAAAAUAAUUUGAGUAUGUUUGAUGGCAAAGCUCACCAUCCAGCAAUGUUUUUAUUUACAAGUCUACAUGUAACUUGUGAAUUUUUUUAGACCUUUAGUCUGUUAGAUAGCCAUAACAUCUUCCACUUGAACGUCAGUGGCCUUGAAAUUGGAGAUCUUUAGUUACUUAAUUCAUCACGCAUUUUCUAUCCCUGGUAUCUAUUUGAACUACCACACCCAUUUUUUAUAUGAUUGACAAGAUCAUGUGACAUGGUCAUGCGAAGAGCAUUUACACAGUGCUUAUUGUGUAGUCACGAAUGUUCUUGGGUGUGCUUGAUUCUAAUCAGGGCAGCUGAACUACCUGGUGUCAAAUUUCAAUAGAAUUCUCAAUUUAAAACCUCUUCCAAAACAAGUGUCUGAAGAUUGCCAAUAAUUCCUGCUGUUGCAGUCUAUUAUGAUGCAAGAUGAUACAGUCUAUUAUCAGAUUUAUUUCAAGGGGAAACGAUGUUAUUAUUAGCUUGACUGUACCAACAGGCUAGAAUUUCUUUGAGGAACAUGGCUGUGUUCCAAAAGCACCCAGUUGCCACAGACAGCUAACUUUGGGCAACUGGAAAAAGUUACUUUUUUCACAUUAAGCUUUUUAAUUAUAAAGUGCUGGGCACUCAGAAUUUCAUGGUUGGGAACUUUUGAGUACCUCAUAAUUUUUCUUAGAUCACAGCCUUGGGAAUAUCUUGAAAAGUAAAUGAUAAUUUAAUAUUACAUAUUGGUGAACUGCACUUAAAAAAAUCCCAUUUAAAAGGAAAUUAUAUAAUUAUUUUAUCUAGUUUAAAAUGUUUUGUCA